AUGACGCUACCUGGCCAUGAGUCAUGGAACACAACCAUCUCCAAAGAACUAAAGUGUAAAGUAACCAAAAGAGCUAUGGAAGGAUGCACGCUUGCCAAAAGCAGAAUGCAAGAAGCUCUUGUCAACGAUGUGGACAAGAAGUUGGGGGAGGGGGAGGUAUCGGGAUAUGCACGACCGGAAAAGGAGAUGAGGCAGAGGCCCUUUGCGGGGAUAUCCCCCAUAGUUCAGGGAAUCGUAGAACAUAGGGGAGGUGGAGCUGCAGCAGCCCCGAACGGAGGAGGUGGCAGCUGGAACUGGGCAGGCACCAUGGCCCAUACCGACUACGAGCUGAUGAAGAGCAAGCUUCACAUCCUGCGGCAGCAGGCCAAUGAUGCCGAGGACAGGACCGCGAGUGUCCGGCGGGAGUUGGAGGCUGAGAAGCUGGCUUGGGAACAGGCUGAGACGGAGGUGGCUUCCUUGAGCCGUCGGCUCCAGGGGGUGGAGGAGGAGCUGGACAGCGCUCAGGAGCUCCUGGAGACCACUCUGCGUAGGCUAGGAGAGGCGGAGAAGGUGGCUAGUGAGAAUGAGAGAGCCAUGAGGGUCAUUGAAGGUCGGGCCAUGAAGGAUGAGGAGAUGAUGGAGCUGCAAGAAAUGCAACUGAAAGAGGCCGUGCACAUGCUGGCGGCCACGGAGGGGAAGUUCUCGGAGAUGGUCCAACAGCUGGUGAUCGAGGGCGACUCGGGGCGCCCAGAGGAGCAGCCUGCUAGGGCUGAGGCCCCUCGCCCGGAGACAGAUGAGCAGAGCGGACUGACGCAGCAGAGCCCGACGGGUCCGAGCGCCGCUGAAGAAAAGACUUCUCAGAGAAAAGAUCUUUAUGAGCGGGAGAUAAAGAUCCUCACCGAUAAAUUCAAGGUGACCCAGACCCGGGCCGAGCUCGCGGAGAGUUUGACGGCCAAUAUGGGAAAGAAGAUCGAGGACUUGGAAGCUAAACUGAAGUGCAGCAAGGAAGCGCACCUCCGCACGCAGAUGAUGCUGGCCCGGACUCUGCUGAACCUGAACAAGGUAUAG